GUAAAUAACAACAACUGGAAGUUAAGCUCCAAUUACCAAGAAAUUUGUUUUUGAGAGUUUAAAAUCGUCCCUUACUAGAAAAAAAUAGUGUGGUGUAAGAAAUAAUGAAAGAGGAAGAGAUGCGAAAAGUGUAUCUUAGGACCAGCCUUUUUAUACAAGCAAGCUCACUUUUCAGCUGUAGACUCAUAGAGUUGAAGGAAGCCACAUGAAUUUGGCCACUAGGGUCUUCUAACCUUUGGACCACAUAAAUGGGUAUCAUUAGUACAUCCACUGAACCCAAAAGUGUCCUCAAACUCUAGAGAGUAUCAUAUUCAUACACUGUAGCUUUCCACAUAGUAAACAUUAUUAACAUAUCACCAACAAGGCAACUCAAAGCACUGGUGGUUACUAGUACAAAAGCAAACCCAAGAUGAUGGAUAUACCGUACACGAACGGUCAUCAGAUAGUUUUUUUUUUUUUGCUAAAUGGUCAUCAGAUAGUUUGUAGCUGCUAACCAAGAAAUAGUAAACGAAGGUGCUUUUAAAUCUGCAUCUACUGACCAUAUGGACUAGUAAACGAGAGUAGCUAAAAACGCUACAAUUUCCUCCGUGAUCCUAUAAAGAUAAGUCAUGUAACUUCCAUCUCUGGCCUGAGACAUAGCUGAAGUGUAUAAAAGCUAAUAUGGAAACAUAUAUAAAGCUGCAAUAAACAAUAUAUUAUCAUCAAAUUGUCAAAUUGUUACAGAAAAAAUUGUCAAACUGUUACAGAGACAUUUGACAACACCCAUGAGUCAUUCUUUAUUACCAUGAUGGUGAUCAAGUGCAAAUUUCUACAUAAAAUGUAGACAUGUGAUACAGACUAACCUAGCUCCUUUUGGACUACUAAUUUGCUUACAACUUGUGGUUCGGGUAACAGUUGGAGUUGGUGAUGGCUCUGGAACUCUGAAGCCUUACUCGGAGAUAUACCUGGACAGUUAUCACAAAGUUCAAGAAGGAAUAUUCAACUAUGUAAACUUUUCCUGGAGCCACCACAGAGAUAAAGUAUCUAGCUUUCCUAUAAAUAAAUCCAAGUGAAAAUAGUAAAAGGUGGUACGAAAAUAGUAACACCAUAUGGUGUUUUAUCCUCUUGAGAAUCUCUCAGUGGCAAGUAAGCAACGUGUGAAUAGUUCCCAACUAAUAGCUCUGUGCCACGUGUAAGCACUGAGGAUUCGGAUUCUCUCACAACAAGAUAAAGCUUUAUUAGCCCCUGCUCUUCAGACACAAUUUCCCACACACCAUCACACUUAAUUACUACAUCAGUGAGCUAACAUGUUCAAACAAGAGAGUAACAACAUUGGUAGUGAAGAGAACAACACCGGGCCGCGAGCUUGUGACACAUGCGGGUCAACCAUCUGCACCGUGUACUGCCAUGCUGACUCCGCCUACUUAUGCAAUAGCUGCGAUGCUCAAGUCCACUCUGCCAAUCGCGUUGCUUCCCGCCAUAAAAGGGUCAGAGUGUGCGAGUCAUGUGAGCGUGCCCCUGCUGCUUUUAUGUGUGAGGCAGAUGAUGUGUCUCUAUGCACAGCCUGUGAUUUAGAGGUUCACUCCGCAAACCCUCUUGCUAGACGCCAUCAGCGAGUUCCAGUUGUGCCGAUAACUGGAAACUCUUGCAGCUCCUUGGCCACCGCUAACCACACAACAGUGACCGAGCCAGAGAAGAGAGUGGUGUUAGUUCAAGAGGAUGCCAAAGAGACGGCUUCAUGGUUGUUCCCUAAAAACAGUGACAAUCACAACAACAACAACCAGAACAAUGAGUUGUUGUUUAGUGAUGACUAUCUAGACCUUGCUGAUUACAACUCGAGUAUGGACUACAAGUUCACUGGUCAAUACAAUCAACCUACUCAACAUAAACAAGACUGCACCGUACCAGAGAAAAACUACGGUGGAGAUAGAGUUGUUCCACUCCAACUUGAAGAAACAAGAGGAAACUUGCACCACAAGCAACAUAAUAUCACGUAUGGCUCCUCAGGAAGUCACUACAACAACAAUGGUUCCAUAAACCAUAACGCAUACAAUCCAUCAAUGGAAACUGACUUUGUUCCGGAGCAGACAGCACCUGACAAAACAGUUUCACAUCCAAAAACGCACAAAGGGAAGAUAGAGAAACUACCUGAACCUCUAAUUCAGAUUCUCAGUCCAAUGGACAGAGAAGCUAGAGUCCUGAGAUACAGAGAGAAGAAGAAGAGAAGAAAGUUUGAGAAGACAAUAAGGUAUGCUUCAAGGAAGGCAUAUGCAGAGAGAAGACCGAGGAUCAAUGGACGGUUUGCAAAGAUUAGUGAAACCGAAGUAGAGGACCAAGAGUACAACACAAUGCUAAUGUACUAUGACACAGGAUAUGGCAUUGUUCCUUCAUUCUAUGGCCAAAAAUAAAGAAUACUAGAUUGCUAACCUGUAAAUAAAUGUUUAGUUUGAGAUUAUGUAAGGUUUGGUGAAAUUCUUGGCUUCAAGAAUGAUUACUUAUGCUGCUAUGUAUAAGGGUGUGUAGUUUUUGUUGCUAGCUAGUACUAAUUAGUGUUCUUCUUCCUUUAAACACAACCUGUCUACUCCAUAAUUGAGAAAUAUAAGCUAAGUGAGUUCUCUUAUGCCAUCCCAGGACAUUUUAACACUUCCCUGAGAAGAAGAAGGCUCUACAAACGAAUUUUCAGACCAAUUAUAAGCUCUGAGACCGCUUUUUAGUAUAUAGAUAUUUACUCACAACUAUUAACACUAAUGAAGUAAAUGUCUAUGUGUAUAUGUGGGCCAUCCGCAUAAACAUAAAGAGAUACUUAUUUGAUGAAUCUUGCUCAUAUCUUUUAGAAUAAAGAGCAAUAUAUGCUUGCUCACUUUACUAAUGUAUAUGCUGAUAAAAAGAACACAAAGAUUAAAAAGGAAAAUUGACACUGUUACUAAAGGAUGCCCUUUUUGCCAUCUGGAAUAUGCCAUAGAGCUACGCGUCUACGGUUCAUUUACAAUUCCAUGAUUAAGCUGCUGAAGUCUUUCAUGUACCAAACAUUACAAUCGGAAGAUUCGGCUCUACGCAUGCGUAUAGUUUUCAGCCAAAGGUCUGAGAAUGGUGUUACUUGCCUUACCAAAACUAAAUUGUCUACUAAGCUACGCCAUCACACGAAUUGUUACUAGACAUAGUCAUAUUCCUAGCGUCUAGUUAUAGAACCAAUCAAUCACCAUAUUUGUUCUCUUCUUCGAGAACUUUAAGAAGAUAUAACAACCAAGUGAAAAAAGUGCAUAAAGU